AUGAUGAGCGUCCUGCAGGUUUAUGGGAUGCGUGUUGUAUGCUUCACAAUUUGUAUUGUAAUUGUAUUUAAAUGUGCAUUGUAUCUAAUCAAACCAACUUCUCCUCAGGACUCUGGUUCAAAUCGAAUGAUAAUUGUAAUCACGCCUACUUACAAAAGAAUUACUAGGUUGGCUGAUAUAACACGAUUGGCUAACACAUUGUCUCAAGUCGAAAAUUUGCAUUGGAUCGUAAUAGAGGAUGGAGAGUCAACUAUUCCUAAUGUUCAAAAUAUUUUGGAACGGUCUGAGCUACUGUAUACCUAUGUAGCGCACCGAACUGCUUCAGGAUACCCUGCCCGAGGAUGGUACCAGCGAGAUAUGGCAUUAAAGUUGAUACGGACAAACCCAUCCCAAAUCCUGGGUGAGCAUGAGGGAGAAGCUGUGAUUUAUUUUGCAGACGAUGAUAAUUCUUACGACUUGCGACUAUUUGAGGAUUAUAUCAGGAAUGUGAAGAAGCUGGGUCUUUGGGCUGUUGGCUUGGCUGGUGGAGCAGCAGUGGAGGCUCCAAACGUAGUGAACAAGAAAGUCACUUCAUUCAAUUUCAAGUGGAAAUCCAAGCGACGAUUCGCUGUUGAUAUGGCGGGAUUUGCAAUCAAUCUUGACUAUAUCCUAAAUUCCAGUGCAGUGUUCGGUACGGAAUGUAAGAGAGGUGAUGGCGCUCCGGAGACUUGUCUCCUCGAGGAUCUAGGUUUCGAUUUGAAUGAUAUUGAACCUUUUGGGUAUGAGAAAGAGAAAAACAAUGAGAUCUUGGUAUGGCACACUAAAACUAGUUAUUCGGGCAUGAAGGUCAAGGAAGCGGAAAAAUUUGGAUAUUUUGUGGAACCAUAA